UGUUAACGAUUAAUCGGCGCGACGGCGACUCUCUGACUGUUACAGAGAAACGAAGAGAGACUUUUGCUGCUUUUUUUGGUAGUGCUGGGCCUAAAUGGGCUCAUGAGAUAGGCCCAAUGAAGCCUAUGUCAGCUACAAAUUCAACUCAAAAAUGAAAUUCAGAAAAUCAUUUUCCCGCCGAAAUGUCAGAGAUCUUUCAAUCACUUGUCUUGAACAGAAGGUUCGACGAUGCGACGCUGCGAGUAUUGGAAUCGGCGUUGGUUUCCAAGAACGUGAAGUCGUCGAUAGAGGUCAGGUCCGGCUUGAGGCAGUUCCUGCGGUCCGAAUCUCUCUCCGUUCUGCGAGAAAUUUCCGAGAAAAGUGCCGGGGAGAAGCUUCUGGUUCUUGAAUUUCUCGUUCGCUCCUUCGCACUUGUAGGCGAUGUUGAGAGUUGCUUGGCUUUGAGGUAUGAGGCUUUGCUUUUGCGGGACCUCAAGUCUGCGACUAAUCCAUGGCUGCAAGUUCCGUAUACAGAAUGGCUAAACUUUGCUCACCAGUCAAAAGAUUGUGGUUUCUAUUCUGUUGCAGGAAGGGCAUGUGAAAAUGCAUUGGUUUGCUUUAAGAGGAAAUGUGCUGAAGACCCAAAAACAGAUGAAGUUUACCUUACGAAGAAAUCUACUGAAGACGCAAAAGCAGAUGGAGUAUUUGAAAAUGUGCAAGUUAUUGAACAGAUAAAGAGACUCAAGGAUUGUGCCAUGGCAUCUGCUUCUUCCCACUCUGGUACCCAGAUGGCAUUCUCAAGCCGGCUCAAUUUUAGGCCCAAAGGACAAAAGUUGUUGAGGCGCCGCUGCGCCAAGGACUGCAUCUUUGCUCCUUACUUCCCUUCUGAUGACCCUCAUAAGUUUGCCCUUGUUCACAAGGUCUUUGGUGCUAGCAAUGUCAGCAAAAUGUUGCAGGAGCUUCCGAUUCAUCAAAGAGGAGAUGCUGUGAGCAGUUUGGUUUAUGAAGCAAAUGCAAGAGUGAGAGACCCGGUUUAUGGGUGCGUAGGGGCAAUAUCUUUCCUGCAGAACCAAGUUUCUCAGCUACAAAUGCAGCUUGCUGUGGCUCAGGCAGAGAUACUCUGCAUCCAGAUGCAGCAGGAGCCUGUAGCCUUACCCAACCAGAUAGAUCAUCAACAUAAUCAUCAUCAUCAAGAUCAUGAUCAGAAGUCCCUUCUUUUAUCCAACAGUGACUUCAAUAACAUUCCACAUCAAUACUUCAGCAGCUUUGCUUCUUCUAGCAAUGUAAUCCAAGACCCUCUUAAAAGAGAGUCUCUCUGGACUUGAUUUGCUUAAUUAGCUAUCAUCAUCAUCAUCAUCAUCAUUAAUCAAAGUACUGUCAAUCCAUCUU